AUGGGUCUCUCCAAAACUACCCGUAUCCUCAUUCUGCUGGCGAUUGAUAGCGCUUUCUUCUUACUCGAGCUGGUCGUCGGCUAUGCCGUCCACUCGCUGGCGCUGGUGGCCGACUCCUUCCACAUGCUCAAUGACGUCCUUUCCCUUUGCGUCGGUCUCUGGGCUGUGCGAGCCGCCAAUGCAACGAACCACUCGCGACUGUUUACCUACGGCUUCCAACGAGCCGAGACCCUGGGUGCGCUGAUCAACGGCGUUUUCCUCGUCGCCCUGUGUUUGUCCAUUUUCCUCGAGGCCAUCCAGCGUUUUGUCGAGCCGCAGGAAGUCGGAAACCCCAAACUUGUUCUAAUUGUCGGAUGCUUUGGUCUGGCUUCCAACAUCCUCGGCCUAUUCCUUUUCCACGAUCACGGCCACAGCCACGGCGGACACGACCAUUCCCACGGCCACGACGAGCUUGGUGCAGCCGAGGAGGGACACAGCCAUGCCGAUCAUACCAUCGGUGCUAUUGCAGACGAGCGAGGCAAUGUUGCAGACGUUUUGCCUGAGAGCAGGAUCGGAAACUGGCCGUCCAGCCAAGGAAUGAAGCCGGCGUCCAAGACUUCGGGCGAUUUUGGAGACAAUUCGAGCGAGGCCACUGCUCGGCCUUCAUCCAGCAUGAGCCGCCAGGUUCGCCGUCACAGCCGGUCGAGGUCGAGGGGUGGUUAUGGUGGAUUUGGCGACCUGCCUGUUCACCCAGCUUCUUUCAGGAAUGAGAUUAUCAAUGCCGCGCGCCUGGAUGCUGUGGAUUCCGAGGAGUCCUCGGAUAGUGAUGGGAAUGAGAAUGGCGCUGCGGAGGACGCCGCGCCCACCGAAAACUCCCCACUCUUGCAAAAGAGUAACGGCAAGAGCUCGGCUAGGCGCAAGCCUAGCCACUCGCACGGUCACUCGCAAGACUUGCACGGAGGCCACAAACACAACCAGCCCAAGGAAACCGGCCAGAGCGGUGGCCAUGGCCAUGGUCACUCUCACGGAGAUCUCAACAUGCGCGGAGUAUUCCUCCAUGUGAUGGGUGAUGCUCUCGGAAACAUUGGUGUGAUCGCUUCCGCUCUCAUCAUCUGGCUUACGGACUUCUCGUGGCGUUUCUACUCCGAUCCUCUCAUUUCUUUGAUCAUCACUGUGAUCAUCCUCUGCUCGGCCAUUCCGCUCUGCAAGGCUGCUUCUCGUAUCUUGCUCCAGGCUGCACCGACCAGCAUCAAUGUCGAAGACAUCGAGAGCGACAUUCUCGACCUCCCUGGUAUCAUCAGCUGCCACCAUCUCCAUGUGUGGCAGCUCAGUGACACCAAGCUGGUUGCCUCUCUGCAUGUGCAGGUUGAUUAUGAUUUCCAGGGUAAGGGGUCUGCGCGCUACAUGGAGCUUGCGCGUGCAAUUCGCAAAUGCCUCCAUGCGUACGGCAUCCACUCCUCUACAAUUCAGCCUGAAUUCUGCCUCAAUGAAGGACACAACCACAACGCCUCAGACCGUAGCGACAACAGCUCUUGCGAUGGCGACCCAGGCUUCAGGAACAGCUCGCUUAACAAGAAGUUGAGCAAGACUGGAAGUCUCCGAAGCGAGCCCGAGACGUGCUUGCUCGCGUGUGGGGAUGCGUGCGGUGACAGCACCCAGUGUUGCCCUCCCAAGUCCACAGAGGGCACGCGGGACGCCUCUCCUCACAACCACGGCGAUGACAACGACCAUCGUCACUAA